ACGGUCCUUGUCUUUAUAUUCCCAUCCACAACCUCCUUUCUUUUCGAUUCACAGACACAUUCAACAUUCAACACACACCACAGAUCACAGAAAAUGAAACUAGUUUGGUCGCCAGAGAGAGCAUCUAACGCAUACAUCGACACUGUUAAAUCAUGCAAGCUUUACCGUCAAUCAGGGGUGGCGGAAAUGGUUUCCGCCAUGGCUGCAGGCUGGAACGCGCAGGUCAUCGUGGAGACAUGGUCGCAGGGAGGCCUCAUCGCUACUAGCGUUGGUUUAGCCAUAGCCAGGCGCCACACCGGAGGAAGACACGUCUGCAUAGUCCCCGACGAGAGGUCCAGAUCAGAGUACGCCGCCAGCAUGGGAGAGGCGGGGAUGUUACCGGAGAUCAUGGUGGGUGAACCGGAGGAGGUGAUGGCUGAGUUGACCGGGAUACUGCCAUCUCCAGAUUUCCCGAGAGUUCUGAGGCUGGCGAAGCUGAGCAACAAUGGUGCUGUGCUCUUGUGCAAGAACACGGGUUUUUCUUUGUCUUCCGUCAAAUGGAGGAACCUUCUGGGAGGACAUGGUUCAAGCCGUGGUGUUGUUCGUUCGGUGUUUCUUCCGGUGGGGAAGGGGCUUGACAUGGCGCAUGUUUCCUCCUCCGCCACCACCGGGGGUACUUCGGUCAAUUCACAAUCAGCAGUCAGGGGUAAUAAUGGUAAGAGAUGGAUUAAGCAUGUUGAUCAACGCUCAGGGGACGUCCACUACAUUCGAACUUGAAUUAAUUAGUUAUCAGUUAAUCACUGCUAAACCCUUUUUUAAUUUUUUUUUUCUUUCAUUUUUGUAAAUAGCAGCACGCGUGUAGUUUAGUACUGAGAAGUUAGAAGUAUGACGGAGAUGUUAUAAGAGGAGAAACAGCAGGACCUACCUACAAUAUUCGGGGUAAGGUCAAUUGAUUUUGCUGGCUAACUCUUAUUAAUUAAUAAUUUAACCUCCGCUUCCAUGUAAGUAAAUAACAAGAGACGAUUUCGAUCUAUUAUUUAUUUAUUUGUUUAUUUCUCUUA